AUGAUGCGACUCUUUGCGGGCUCUCAUCUCGUAGUCUUGGUCCUAGCAGCCUGGUGCCAGCAUAUUUCGGCGCUCUCGUGGGGUAUACAAACGAAACGCCCAGCACCGGGAGGCUUCCUAGGGGGUACAACCCUGAGUUCUACACUUGGUAUGGAGAAGGACUUACCCCUGCCAAGUAUGUACGCAGUGGCCUUGCGUGAGCUGCAAGAACUCGAGACCCAGCCUCUCUGCCACCGGGUCGCAGCUCGUCUCCUUGUCAACAACUGUCAACUCCUCGACGGCAAAGACGAUGCCACCGUGUUGAUCGACAGUGGUCGUCAGGUUCGCGACUUUGUCGAUUCCUACGCCGCCAGUUUAGCCAUUUGCGAUCUUGAACGGGGUAGCUUUUCCAUUCCGCCUGAUUGCUCCAGAUUUCGAGAGACCGUCCUACUCAGCCUUCCAGCAUUCGACAAGAUGAACCUUCACGUCUCGACGCGAGAGAUCGACUCCUGCCUCACUGCCCUGGCCAAGUCAGAUUCAGCGUGGAACACUUGGGUCAGCUACCGCCACAAGGCUCUUAGAUUCUGCGAGGCCGCUCGCGCUGACAAUGAAAAAGCGCAAAACGUGGAGUUAUACAAACGGUUGACUGGAGUGCUCUCCAGGCUCACUCGUGGUGUUGAAGCCGACCUGGAGAAACAUCUGCAAUCCAUCAAUGACAAGUUAGAUAAUGCUCACCUCAAUCUGGAUCACCUGACACCCCGCCUAAAUCAUCUUCGAGAUGGCCUCACCGCGCUGGAACAAAUGUUGUCCGAAAGGGUCUUUCACACGACAAAGGACACUACGUCUUCGAUCCAGAACGGCCUACGGGACGCCAAUACUCUCCAGCAACUGAUCUCAGUCCUCAUUGAGACAGUCCUGCAAAGUAAUGCCGAUAGCUCGACUUCUCACGAUCGUGCUCUUGAGACCAUACAAAAGUAUACCGAUCUCGAGUCGUCCGUUGUUGCAGCACUUGAACGUGUCAUGACCUCGACAAAUUCCCUUCAAGAGCAUAUUACUGCUGCCCUUGCACAUCAGCAAGACCGCCUCGAGCAAAGGAUGAAUACUUUACUUGAAUUGUCGGAUCGAGUCGCUAAAAAACACGAAAACCACAUUGGGAUGAUAGAGCAAGCUCAUACAAAAGCCGGAGACAUACUUGACAAGUUGACAGAAGCCUCGGCUUCGGCUAGCACGGUCCACGACUCUAUCCGUGGCAGUGUUGGCUGGAUGAACUGGUGGCCAUACAUUGUUUGUCCAACAGUCUCUUUGACUAUGGGCUCUUACGGACUACCUCCGUCAGCUGUCAGAAACCUAGGACUGGUUGCCCUUGGCGAGCUCACUGGAUUCGCCAUUUCUUUAGCACGUCAUUUACCACGCGACAUUGUGCGAAUUUGGAACGACAAUGGCUCCUUCAGGCUGGGCACCGAUAUCCAAAGCGGCUCGAAGCUUACACCAAUCAUUCCAUCUACUGUUCGCUUUCGAAAUGGGACGAUCUAG